AUGGCGUCUGCAGUGCUGAAGGUUGCAGGUUGGUGUGGAUUAGUAUUUAGGCGUCAAACACAUACUGAUAUCGUGACAGGUCUUUCCAGAUUUUCUCGUCUCACAGUCCUGAGGACGCAUUCAACAACAGCAACCCUCCAUCAGGGCCUUCCCGGGUCACUCUGGAAGCUUGGGAGGCUGAACCACAUUGCCAUCGCUGUCCCUGACAUGGAGAAGGCCACGGCUCUGUAUCGGGACGUCCUGGGGGCCACAGUGAGUGACAAGGUGCCCUUGCCCGAGCACGGCGUCUACACGGUUUUUGUGGAGCUCGGCAACACUAAACUGGAGCUGCUCCAUCCUCUGGGGGAGAAGAGCCCAAUUGCUGGCUUCCUACAGAAGAACAAGUCUGGAGGCAUGCACCACAUUUGUAUUGAGGUAGACAACAUUAACGCUGCAAUAGCGGACCUGAAAGCGAAGAACAUCAGAACUCUGUCAGCAGAACCCCGGAUAGGUGCUCACGGGAAACCAGUGAUGUUCCUCCAUCCUAAAGACUGUGACGGUGUGCUGGUGGAGCUUGAAGAAGCGUAAACACAUCAGUCUGUAGCAGGGAAUGUGGGAGCUGUUAAUUCACAUUUAUAUAAUCCAGAGUCAGUUUGCUAACAAAUGUUGAUUUUGUAAUAUUGUUCUUUAUAGAACUUUUGAUCUCAAGGUGCCUCAAAGUUGUUCUUCCAGUUCUGUUCUUUACUUUCCUUUUUUGUUGGGAAUAAAUUAUAGUGUGGUGUUCA